AUGUCACGACGCCCACCAAACCACAGGGUACCAUCUAGGUCAGCCUCAUCAAUAUCUCUCGCCAUGCCACCCCCAGCUCGUAUCCCCAACCGGGCCCCUUCAGUCAUGUCCACAACUCAAUCUCAUGAGGAAUCCGAGAGCCGGCCCAGCACACCUAGAAAGGCUGGUAAACGUCCAAUGGGUCCGCCGGCCAGAAAAGAAGAGGGAAGUGGGGAAAUCAAUAUUCAGGUCGUGGUGCGAUGUCGUGGACGAUCGCCGCAGGAAUUAGCACAAACUUCUCCUAUAAUCGUUACCGCAGCCGGAGCUAUGAGCAAGCACAUCACUGUGGAAACUACACCUUUACCAUCUUCCACCUUGGCGGCAUUCACGACGGCCUCCACUUAUGCCGCCAACGGUGCUUCAACCAAGACAUACCCGUUCGACAAGGUUUUCGGGCCGGAAGCGGAUCAGACGAUGGUGUUCAACGAGGUCGCAGAGGAUAUGUUGAAUGAGGUUCUCUCUGGUUACAACUGCACCAUUUUCGCUUAUGGUCAAACUGGUACAGGAAAAACAUACACAAUGCAAGGUGACCUUGAACUCAGCCCACUCUCAGCGCCCAAAAACGAAGCAGGAAUAGUUCCUCGGGUUUUGCACAGGUUAUUCACUCUCCUCGAAGCAGCGGAAAAUACCGAAUACUCGGUCAAAUGUUCAUAUGUCGAGCUGUACAACGAAGAAUUACGCGAUCUCCUCUCGGCCGAUUACUCUCCUCUCACUGCCGCGGAGAAAGCUCCUAUGGCCUCGUCUAGCACCGCCGGAGGGCUGAAACUGUAUGAAGAUGGGAAGAAAGGAGUGAUGAUUCAAGGACUGGAAGAGACAGGAGCUAGAAAUCUUCGAGAGGCACUUGCGCUGGUCAACAAAGGCUGCCAGAGGAGACAAGUGGCGGAGACGAAAAUGAACACCGAGUCAUCGCGAUCUCACACGAUCUUCUCCAUCACUGUACACGUGAAGGAAACGACGAUGGCUGCGGGAGGAGAAGAAAUGCUCAAAGUUGGAAAAUUCAACCUUGUCGAUCUUGCUGGAUCAGAAGCGAUAGGUCGAUCCGGAGCGACCGACAAAAGGGCUAGAGAGGCAGGGAUGAUCAAUCAGUCUCUGCUCACUUUGGGUCGUGUCAUUUCAGCUUUGGUUGAAAAAGGCUCCCACAUCCCUUAUCGAGAGUCCAAGCUCACUCGAUUGCUACAAGACUCUCUGGGCGGUCGAACGAAGACCUGCAUCGUCGCCACAGUUUCCCCUACUCGUAGUAAUAUGGAAGAAACGCUUUCGACUCUCGACUAUGCCAUCAGGGCGAAGAGUAUCCGAAAUCGUCCAGAAUUGAACCAACAUUUGACCAAGGCCGGGCUGUUGAAAGAGUAUGUGGCCGACAUGGAGCGUCUCAAAGGCGAACUGUUGGCUGCGCGGGAGAAGAAUGGAAUUUAUAUCCCAGAAGAGCAGUGGAAGGAAAUGCACGAAGAACAAGUCAAAAUGAAAAGCGAGUACGAUGAGGCUCGUCAACGGUUCAACGCCAUAUCUAUCGAGCUCAACACACGGAAGAAAGAGUUUGACGAUGUAAUGCAUCGUUUCCUCUCGACUUCAGAAGAGCUGGCGCAAGCUCGCGAAUCAGAACGUCAGCUGGGGAUGCUCCUAGUUGAGAACAAAAAGCUUCUGGAUGUGGCUCAGCAACGCCUGGCAGAGGAAGUGGCUGUCAGUGAAGCUUACCGGGCGGGGGAAAGCAGAUUGGAUGGGGUGGCGGCACUGUUGAGGAAUACGGCCAACGAUGGAGUAGCGGAUGUCGGAGGAUUGUUUGACAAGCUUUCCAGAAAGGCCAAGGUGCUGGGCAAUAAUACCGAUGCCGCCACACGGUUUGGCGGGGAGGUACAAAAUCUGUCGACGGAACUGCGCAAAGGGCUCAAGACGUUACACAAGGUCAACGGGGAGUUUGGGAAGGAUGUCAAGAAGGAGAUGGAAGGUUUCAUGAGGAAUGGAAGGGAGACAUCUGGAAAAGACAUGGAGGCUCUCGAUCAGGCUUUGAGCGUCUUUACCACUCUCACCGAUGAACUCUGCUCCUCCGUCCGAUCCGGUGACGCCGACGUCGCAGAAGCCUCGCGAGCCAUUUUGGCGGUCAAGGAUGAGGUGCAACAGUCGGUCCGACAGUGGGCACAGGGUAUAGCAGAGAGGAGUGCGGGGAUGGUAGACGAGGUGUUAGCUAGUCAACAGGAAAAUCUGUCAAUGAUUGGUCUGGUUCUUCAAUCAACGGCUGAUCUGGUGGAUGCUGUUAUCUCUACCGCUCGAGAGCACUUAGCGUCAUCGCUUCAGAUUGCUGAACAGGCCAGACAACGAACUCAGGAAGCCGCAGAGGCAGAGAUGGCACGUUUACGCUCUUCCAAUGUCCUCCUGACUACUUUAUUACGUGAAGAGAAGACCAAGACCGCUAAACUAAGAAUGGAAUUGGUGGGACGAAUGACAGCGAUGAUCGAGGAAUUCACCGACGCUCAAGAUCAAAGCUGGUCAGGAGUGGUCGAUAGAGUCAGUGCGGAGAAUCACAAGGGUGUGAGGGAGAUGGAACGUUUCGUCCAAGUUACUAGGGAUGAAUGGGAGGAAACUGCGAAAAGAGGGCAAAUGUUCGAGGAUGAAUUGGCAGAGGGGGUUGGGACGGUCAAGAAACAGCGUGUGGCAGGACGAGGGGCUGUACACGAGAUGGAAGUGGAUUUGAAGAAUCAAUUGAACCAUUUCCGAGGUGAAACGUCAGAAGAGGCUACUCGACAUUCACGGGAUGUCCAAAGUCGUCUGACAGGUUUGGACACUUGUAUAACUGAUCUGGUACAAUCAUCAUCAUCUAGAACCCAAACUCAAACACAUCAAGUAUCAUCUAUUUCAGGGCUGUUCACAAAUACCAUUUCAUCCUCUCGAUCUCGUAUCGAAUCUGUCGCAGGAGAAACUGAACGACUUUCCCACGCUCUUCUCUCUCAUCAGGCAUCUUCUUCAUCAACAUUCGAUCACACCUCUCGAGAAGCUCAAAAUCACCUUCAAACUCUUCUUCAAGCUACAUCAACCUUCCUUUCAAAAGGCGUGACAGAGGACGUUUCAACAGGUAUAACACCUAAGAAACGUAAUUGGCAUGUACCUCAAACAUGGGAGCUCACUGAACCUAGAGAAGUGCUCAUAGAGGCAUUUAGAAAAAAGACGCAAUCCGCUCUGACGUCUUCUACAGGUGAAAGCGAGGAGAAAGAAGAUGGUGCAGAGGAGAAAAGUUUGGAAGAAGAAAUCAAGAUUGAUCGAAUAGAUUCGACGGGGUCAUUACAUAGUUUCGGAAAGGUGGAAUUAGCAGUGGAGUUGGUUCAUCCUUUAUCAAAUAGCAUCGGUCUGGGAGCGGUAGGGAGAAAGGGAAAGUUGGGGAUAGGGAAGGAAGACAAGGGGAUGGGGAUGGGGAGAGAGAAAGAGAGAGUUAAUGUGGCUGUUUUAGGUGAACAAGGUGGAAAUAUACCUAGACCCAGAGUGAGAAGAUGA